CACAAGUCCUAGCACCUGCACAUCACAAAAAAAUCCGGUCCUCACUAAUCAUUUAUUUUUCCGGCGGAAAAAUGGUCCGUGUAGAGGAUGUUCGAAAGGCACAACGGGCUGAAGGUCCAGCAACAGUCAUGGCGAUCGGUACCUCAACUCCACCAAACUGUAUCGAUCAGAGCACGUACCCAGAUUACUAUUUCCGGAUUACUAAAAGCGAACACAAGACCGAACUCAAAGAGAAGUUUCAGCGCAUCUGUGACAAAUCCAUGAUCAAGAAGCGUUACAUGUACUUAACCGAAGAAAUCCUAAAGGAAAAUCCCAAUCUGUGUGAGUUCAUGGCACCUUCCCUGGACGCUAGGCAAGACAUGGUUGUGGUGGAAGUCCCCAAACUUGGCAAAGAGGCAGCCACAAAGGCCAUACAGGAAUGGGGCCAGCCCAAAUCCAAAAUCACCCACUUGGUCUUCUGCACCUCCACUGGUGUCGACAUGCCGGGUGCUGACUACCAGCUCACCAAGCUCCUUGGCCUCCGCCCCUCCGUCAACCGCUUCAUGAUCUACUUCCAAGGUUGUUUCGCCGGUGGUACCGUCCUCCGCCUAGCCAAAGAUUUGGCAGAGAACAAGAAGGGCGCCAGGGUUCUAGUCGUGUGUUCUGAGAUCACAGCCACCACUUUCCGCGGGCCUAGCGAAACCCAUCUUGACGGUCUGGUCGGCCAAGCUCUGUUUGGAGAUGGCGCGGCCGCGAUUGUCGUAGGCGCAGACCCGAUACCCGGAGUUGAAAAUCCACUGUUUGAGUUGGUCUCUGCAAACCAAACUAUUCUACCCGACAGCGAAGGGGCCAUCGAUGGACACCUUCGCGAAGUGGGAAGUACUUUCCACUUGCUCAAGGAGAUUCCAUGGCUCAUAUCCAACAACAUAGAAAAGGCACUAACAGACGCGUUUGAACCCUUGGGAAUAUCGGACUGGAACUCUAUCUUUUGGGUUCCACACGCUGGCGGGCGUGCUAUUCUGGACCAAGUGGAGUCGAAGCUGGGCCUUCAGCCGGCGAAGCUACAGGCCUCGAGGCACGUGCUGAGCGAAUAUGGUAACAUGUUGAGCGCAUGUGUGUUGUUCGUUUUGGAUGAGAUGAGGAAGAAGUCAGGCGAGGACGGGCUCAAGACCACCGGUGAGGGGCUCGAGUGGGGCGUGCUCUUUGGUUUUGGACCUGGGCUCACUGUUGAGACUGUGGUGCUCCAUAGUUUGUGCACUUGAAAUGUGGUUAUUAUUACUGUAUUAUAUAUAUUUUUUAUCAUGACAUUGUUUUUGGAUUCUCUUAUAAUGGAAGGUCUUACUUCAUACUAACUUCGUGGACGCUCAUACGGAUUGUCAAAAAAUUCAAUGUGUGAAUGUUCCGACCUCAAUAAUUAGUAUGGAGUAGUAAAUGUUGUGGUAAAGGUCACAUGGACUUAUAAAUAAGGGACUUUUGGGCAAGAGAUCUACACAUCUCUCCCCUCCCCAUUGUAAUCAUUUGCUCUAGUAAUAUAAAGUCCUCUUUGUGUGUA